UUCUAUAUUUUUGCAUGUCAAACGUAUUCUAGUGAAGUGGUAGAGUUUGGAGUUUAUAUCAUAAAAAAAAAAGAAAAACAAAGGCAAGACAAAAUUUGGUUUUGAUCCAACAAAAAAAAAGCAAUGCAGCUAUAGCCCCAGAUAAAAAAAUUACAUUCUUUUUGGGUAUGUAGACUAAAUAAAUCAUCUCAACAACGGGCUAUAAAAGGCCCCAACUUGUUAUCCCAAAUGUCUUUGAAAUGCGUUACACUAGAAGUUCGCAAGAACUUACGUUGUGCCAAUGUAUUUCUCGAAUUUGAUCAUAGUCUUACUGAGACAGAAUUUGUUAAAAUUCAAAUCGAUGAAAAUAGCAUUAAACUACGAGAAUACUCGACAGAAACAACAAUUGCACUUCAAGGACAUCUCACAAUUCAAGCACCUUCUUUGAGCAGCUUAGUUGUCGAGGAAAACAAUGCCAGUUUCCGAAUGAACAUUGACACUCCUUCUCCAUUGUGGCCAAUCAAAAAUGACAACGAUCAGAAAUUUACAAAGCAAAUUCCCGAUGUGACACCAUUGGCAAAAGUCACAUUAACUUGUAGCCGAUGCCAAAGUAUUCUGACCAAGGAUGAUGUUCAAUUUGAACGGAUUCUAGAGUUUCCAUCUGGCACGAUUGAUGUAGGUGAGUUCUUUUGCCAUCAUGGACCAGAUCUAAACUCUGUUCUAAUUCCCAAACGCAAUGACAUGUUUUAUGGACUCUUUUUUGUAAUCUUAAAUGCUGAAUGCUUGAAAGGCAUUCGAAUUAAAGAAAACAAUGCAUUUUGUGGACGAUGUCUUAUGCAUUUGGGGGAAACCCUCUUUGACAAUAAAGCUUUAAAAAUUUGGACUGAUACUUUGAAAGAAGCUAUCUUUAAACCGAGAGAUAUAGAAUCAAUGGUUAGCCAAUUGAUGGCUAGAAUACUUGACGAAUGCUCAAUUGGCAAUAAUUUGCACAUAAUGCAAUUUUCAAAGGCAAUUGUUGAGGCAAUUAUGCCAACAAGAAAAAAGAAAUACAUUCUACUCAAUAUACUCGAAAGAAAUUUGGACAUUUUAAGAAAUCAAACCAUAUCGACAGAUGGAUUCAAUAACAAUACAGGAAUGGUUAAAUUGGACAAAUGCAAGGCUAAUAAAGUUCUUUAUCAGUUUCAUAAUGAAGAUGACAAAAGUUCAAUGUUGAAAUCGUGGCUGCAAGACAUAAGUGUUCAUACUACCAAAAUAUCACCAACAUUGUUUUCGGCUUUGCAGAGGCGACUGGAAAGGAAUUCGAAGUUAUUACCUGAAGUAUAUCGUUAUAGCAAUGAAUUUAUUUUAAGUUAUGUCUUCUACUAGUCAAUGGAUUGAUUUUUUUUUUGUAUGUAAGAAGAAGAAUUGUUAUGUAAAUUGAGAUGUGUAUAUUUUUUUAAAGAAGAAAGUAGUUAUUUAUGUAUUUAAAAAAAAAAAGAAAAGACAAGGAACCAAUAACGAGAUGAGAUUUAAUUGAAUUUUUGAAGACGAAGUUUUUUUUUGCCUUCUCUGUAAUGCAACAUUAACUCUUUUAUUGUUAAAAAAUAAAUUAUAAACUGCAACUUA